AUAUAAAUUAAUUUACGAAAUGAAACCGACACUACAUAUUGAACUAGAAAAAAAUCUUAUAUAUAAUUUAUCUGUAAAGCGCUUAGAGACAUCGUUCCGGUGUAUCAAGCGAUAUAGAAGUGGAGGUUAUCAUCAUUAUUAUUGCAAUUUACAUUUUGUCGAGCUGAUAAAAUAAUGGCUGCUUCAAAUCUGUUCACAGCUUUACCCGGUGGGGCAAAGUUUCCUCUCCUUGGAUUGGGGACAUGGCAGUCGGAGAAGGGAAAGGUGCGAGCCGCUGUCGAGACGGCCAUCGAGUGUGGAUAUCGUCACAUCGAUGCAGCGUACAUCUACUCCAAUGAGAAGGAGGUCGGCGAGGGAAUCAAAACAAAGAUGACCGACGGGACAAUCAAGAGGGAAGACCUCUUCGUAACCACGAAGCUGUGGCUCUCAUCCCAUAAACCAGACAAGGUUGAACCCUGCUGCCGAGAAUCAAUGAAAAAUCUUGGUCUCGAUUAUAUUGAUCUCUACUUGAUACAUUGGCCGAUGUCCCUUGUGGACGAUAAAGGCGUCUUUCCUUUAGGCGAUGACGGAAUGUUGAUAGGGGAUGAUUCUAUCGAUUAUGUUGAUGUAUGGAAGAGCAUGGAAUCUCUGGUUGAUAAGGGAUUAGUCCGAGCUAUUGGAGUUUGCAACUUCAACCUUUCUCAGAUUCAACGCGUUCUUGAUCUUCCGCCCCGGCACCCUAUAGCAAAUCUACAGGUUGAAUGUCAUCCACUGCUAGCACAAAAUGAGUUGAUUGAAUUAUGCAAGAAGUAUGGUAUCACUGUGACAGCGUACAGUCCUCUUGGGUCGCCAGAACGACCGGGUAUAAGGACUCCCACCGACCCCGUAUUAAUGGACGACAAAGUAGUCCUCGACAUUGCUAAGAAAAGGGGCGUGUCUACUGCUCAGGUGCUGAUCAGAUACCAGAUCCAAAGGGGCGUGGUCGUCAUUCCAAAGAGUGUGACGUCAUCAAGGAUCCAGCAGAAUUUUGAGGCCCUCAAUUUUGAGUUGAGUAAAGAAGAGAUGCAAGCCCUCAUAGAUCUGAAUAGAAAUUGCAGGCUUCUCGACUUUCCUAUGUCAAAGUCGCUGAAAUACUACCCAUUUUAACAAAGUGAUGUUCAGUUACACCACCGUAACCGAUAACGGGCAGGCUUGCAUGAUGUAUCAUCGAUCGAUGUGGAAUCUGUGUGACUGUGACAUGGUCCAACAUUCCCACCGGCAAAAUAAAUUCCAGGGCCACUUCUUACAAAGAUCCAAUCAAUCUCAAGAAUAUGGAAAUCCAUCUAUACCAUAAUUUUUUCUACAGGAAAUUUGCACAAUCUCCUUAGUAAACAAAGAAAAUCACAUGGAAUCUUCAAGAGAAUGAUGAAUAUACAUCAUAAUUAUCUAAAAAAAUAUUUUAACAAAUAUUAAUUUUAUAUGUUGACGUUGCUGGCCUUCCAUAGUUGUGAUUGAUUGGAUCAAUCGCAACCCUAUGUAAGACCAGACCCUAACCGACACAAGAGUUUUCGCACCGUGACACAGAACGCUUACAAAGCAUUUAAAAAAAAUGUAUCGUCAAAUGCCCUUGAUGACAAAGAGCAGCCAAGAAAUAAGUCUUUGUCGAAAAUUGGUGAAUCAAAGUAACAAUAUCGUCCUGGAGUAUGAACAAACGAAAUAUUUGCAUUUGUUCGUAAACCCUGGAAACUUAGGAGGAAGCUGCGGUUCCGGGUCACCAAAUUUCGACAAAGACCUCCCAGCUGCGCAUUGUCAUCUGACGGGAAUUUUCAAUACAUUUACUGUGUUCCGCAUUCGUUCUGCUUCGAGGUGCUAAAACUGUCUAAUACCAUGUGAAAGGCUAUUGGUCGGUUUGGAGUCGGUUUCGUUGGUGUGACCGGCCACGGUGUGAACGAAGCAUUAUUAUAAGGUCAUCAACUGUGGAACCCGGGGGGGGGGCACUUCCAUUGACGAGUGGAUACCAUGCGCGACCAUGGGGUCUCGAAAAGCACCCUAAACACGUAUUUUCCAUUUUCUAAAAAUGCACCCCUUAACAAGUAUUGGCGUGUGAAACCCUACCCUUAACAAGUAUUGGAAACAAAACGAUACUCUUGGCAAGUUCCCUGAAUUGACCCCCUAAACAAGUACAGCGAUAUUUUUACCCAGGUAACAAUACAGCGUUGGACCAACGUUGGAUCAACGUUGGGAAAUUUUUUUCCCAACGUUGCCUCAACGUUGGGAGGCAAACGUUGCAUCAUCGAUAGAAGUGCACGCGCAUACAUCGUCAGACCAACAACAUUUCCAACGUCAGUUUAACGUUGUCCAGCAACAAUGUUUCAACGUUGUCUGGCAACGUUGAUCCAAUGUUGGCUAAAUAGUCAAAUGUAACAUUGCUACAACGUUGGUAAGCAACGUUGCAUCAUCGAUAGAAGUGCACGUCCAUACAUCGUCAGACCAACAACAUUCCCAACGUCAGUUCAACGUUGUCCACCAUCAAUGCUCCAACGUUGGUAUAAUGUCGGCUGAGUAAUCAAUAACAGCGUUGCUGCAACGUUGAUGGGCAACGUUGCAGCAGCGAUGGACGUGCACGUGCAUACAUCGUCAGUCCAACUAUGUUUACAACGUUGGUUCAACGCUGUCCAGCAACAAUGCUCCAACGUUGUCUGGCAACAUUGAUCCAACAUUGUUACAACGUUGUCACAACGUUGCUCCAACAUUGCUCCAACGUUAUUCCAACGUAUGGCAGUAAUUAACAAAACAUUAAUUGGUUUCAAGGUGAAGUCCACCAUUACAACUCUACACUCUAAUCUUUAUUAUCAUGUCUUAUCCUAUCCUAAAAUCCUACAUCCUAAUCCUAUAUCCUAUUCCUAUCAUCCCACACCUAUCCACUGUAUCCUGUCAUUGACUCCUAUAUAUAGAGCAACUUUGCUAUACUUGGCAGAAUACAGUUAAUAUCAUUUUCCACACUUAACCUUGAAAAUUUCACUUAGAAUAAUAUGUUUUGAUUAUAAAUGAUAUGGUAAUGGAGCCACAUACUUUUCUGAAACUUUUCAUGGUUGAAAUAUUGAAUAAACAUAAAUACUCUAAUUAUUAUAGCAAUAUUACCUAAAAUUUUGAUCAUUUACUAAUGUAAUGAAUAUUCAUGAGUGCAUAAUCAUUAUGUCCAGAUGAGGCAGGUAUGGCAGCGUUGGUCCAAUGUUGGUCCAACGUUGGGUGACGUUGAUCCAACGUUGGUAUAAUGUUGGUCCAAUGUUGAUGGAAAGUUGAAUCAAAUUUAGUCCAAUGUUAGUCCAACGUUGGCGUAAACGUUGAUUCAAUGUUUGUCUAAUAUCGGUUAAAUUUUGUUGUAACGUUGAUUCUUUGUUGGUCUAAUUCUAAACAAAUCCAACGAUGCGCCAUCUCCAUCAAACAGUUUUCAACACUGUGCCAUCAUCAUCUGUAACCUGUUCAUGAUUCUAUCAAAAAACAUUACAACUAUUAUUACAGCUAUUCAUUUCUUGUCAUUCUUUCUGUAACAAGUCUCUUCACAUAAUUAAGAGGAAUCAAGAGAAUUACGUGUGAUAUUUAUUGAGGCCUUUGUAGCAUUCAAACUUUUUUGACAUCCUCUUUUUCUCAAACAAGACUAAUAAAAAAAAAAACAUAUGCAUACGUAAUAAGAAUUAAGAUGUAUUA